AUGACAGGAAUACAGUGGGUAGUCAGCGAAGCCUGGAUGGCCGCUAAUCAGCUAACCACUCCUGACUUCCAUAAUCUUCUAGAGGGAACACUGGGUUUCUCCUUCCCUGGAGUCAGCAUCCCUGGCUUGGAAGAGUUUCUUCUGAAUGUCCGACCAUCCCCCAAGCCAGGGAUGGAGCUUGUCAAUAUGUUCUGGGAAGAAUAUUUUGGUUGUAAGCUAGAGUUUGAAAGAGACAGAAGUGAAGAAUAUGAAACUAAUAUUGUGAAAAACUACAAACUAGGUUCUCAAAACAAUUCUGGUUUCACGGUUGGGCUUACUGUUGGACAAAAAAUAUUGUUUAAUAUAUCAGUUGAUAAAAAUAAUGAAGGUGCUGUGAAAAAAACUGUAUGCACAGGAUCAGAGGAUCUGACUUACACGGAUAGCAGUUAUAGUGAUGUAUCUCAGGUCAGAAUAUCAUAUAAUGUGUAUAAAGCUGUGUAUGCCAUUGCCCAUGCUCUGCACACUUUCUUAAACUGUAAUUCAACAGGACCUAGCGGGGGAUUGUGUGAGAUGCACAGCUCAUUUACAAAUGGUCAGUUUCUUCAAUAUCUGAAAAUGGUGAAUUUCACCAACCAGUUUGAUGAGAAAGUAUAUUUCGACUCCAAUGGAGAGCCAGUCCCUCUCUAUGACAUCAUUAAUUGGCAGAAGGACAGCAAAAAUGAAAUUAGUUUUGUCAAGGUAGGAAGUUAUGAUGGUUCAGCUCAGCAAGGACAACAGCUGCAGAUAUUGAAGAACACUAUAGUGUGGACAACAAGACAGUCACAGGUUCCUGUAUCUCAGUGUAGUGCUCCAUGUCGCCCUGGCAGCAGGCAGGCCACACGCCAAGGAGAGCCCAAAUGCUGCUUUGAUUGUUUGCCCUGUGCAGAUGGAGAGAUCAGCAACCAGACCGGUUCCACUGAAUGUAUCAAAUGUCCUGAAUACUACUGGUCAGACAAAGACAAGGUGAAAUGUGUUGCAGGGGAAGAAGAGUUCCUCUCUUUCUAUGAUGCCAUGGGUAUCAUCCUGGUUGCGCUCACCCUGCUGGGAUUCAUACUGACAUCCAUCGUCACCAUUGUGUUUCACAGUUUUCGCUAUACACCCAUUGUCAAGGCCAACAACUCAGAAAUAAGUUUCUUGCUUCUCCUGUCACUCAAGCUCUGUUUCCUGUGUUGUCUGGUGUUCAUUGGUCAGCCGUCUUGGUGGACAUGUAGGCUCCGCCAGGCAGCAUUUGGGAUCAGCUUUGUCCUGUGUUUGUCCUGCCUCCUUGUUAAGACCAUUGUGGUCCUCCUGGCUUUCCAAACUAAUAACCCUGGUUCCAGGGGUCGGAUGCUGUUUGGUACAUCCCAGCAGAGGAUUUUGAUCUUGUGCACUACAGCUCCUCAGAUUUUUCUCUCUACUGGCUGGGUGUUGGGUGCACCUCCAUUUCCAUUUAGGAAUUCAAACUACCAAGGUAUAACUGGAAAAAUUGUUGUGGAGUGUAAAGAGCCAUGGCCUCCUGGAUUCUACCUGCUCCUUGGUUACAUUGGCCUCCUGGCCUUUGUCUGUCUUCUACUGGCAUUCUUUGGAAGAAAGCUACCGGACACAUUCAACGAAGCGAAGUUCAUCACCUUCAGCAUGCUGAUUUUCUGGGCUGUGUGGAUUUCUUUUAUUCCAGCUUAUGUCAGCUCUCCUGCGAAAUUUUCUGUGGCAGUGGAAAUAUUUGCUAUCUUAGCAUCCAGUUUUGGAUUGUUACUUUGUAUUUUUAUUCCCAAAUGUUACAUUAUUUUACUGCACCCUGAAAGGAAUAUUAAGAAAGGCAUGACUGGGAAACAUCAAAGAUGAACAUUUAUAUUCUCAGUGUUUGUGAGAGUAAACAAUUUAUACAGUUAUCAUAUUUUAAUGUGAAAAAAAUAAAAUGCCACAUGAUCAUUACAUUAUUGUUAAAAGCUUUUACUUUCCAACAUAACCCUGAUUUCAGCAUUUACUCUGUCCUUUAGGGAGCAUUGUUUAAACGUUAGACAAACUGAACAGGGGGGUUAAGCCACCAUAGAGAAACCUUUUUUUAAAACAUUUGAAACCAGAUUAAUUGUGCUGUUUAGUUAUUGUAUUAUGAACUCACAACUGAUGUUGAUACUGAACAAACAUUUUUGCUCUGUUCAUUGAAAAUUUAUUGAAGUCUUUCAAACACAGAAACCAUUUACUUCUCUAAAACAAACGACUAAAUAUGUCUGUUGACAACACCUCUCAAGAUUUUCACAAUGUGUUUUUUCCUAUAUGCAAAUAAAGAGUUAUAAGAAA